GUAAACAAUAACAACACGGAAGCAGGACGAAGUGUGUGUGUGUGUAUAUGUGUAUAUAUGUGUGUGUGUUUGUGUUUGUGUGUGUCAGCUGCUGACAGACUUCAGGUUUUACAGUAACAACAAUGGCAGACGAGGCUCCCUUCCAGUUUUUACAUAACGAAGUGAUUCAGUACAUUUACAAGUCCGCGGACGGCGGAGAGACGGAGACUGGAAGAAACAUCACCAAACUGGAGAACAUGGGGUUCAGAGUCGGACAGGGACUCAUAGAGAGACUGACUAAAGACACAGCGCGGUUCAAAGACGAGCUGGACGUCAUGAAGUUCGUCUGUAAAGACUUCUGGACCUGUGUGUUCAAGAAGCAGAUCGACAACCUCCGAACCAAUCACCAGGGCAUCUAUGUUCUCCAGGACAACAAGUUCAGACUACUGAGUCAGCUGUCGGCGGGGAACCAGUAUCUGGAACAUGCCCCGAAGUAUCUGGCCUUCACCUGUGGUCUGGUGAGAGGAGGUCUGUCCAACCUGGGAGUGAAGAGUAUCGUGACUGCGGAGGUGUCCGUCAUGCCUGCAUGUAAAUUCCAGGUCAUGAUCCAGAAAAUGUAGUGAGUCCAGCAGAGGCGACACUAACUCUCACUUCUCUUUUGCCUUCAUUUUUCCCUGAGUUUUUGGCAUUGAAGGGAAAUAGUACCCAUCUCCAUCAACAAAACCUGUUUCUCGUUACGCUUUGGGGAUUACAGUGAGGUUUGGCAGAAGUUUGUUUACACCUCGAACGUCAGAGCACCGUUUCCUGGUAACAGCCUCAGAGGAGCGGCCAUUUUUAUUAGAAGUGGUCGAACACUUUCCAGUGUUUCUUGUUAAAUGAAUAUGUGAUGGGUAUUGUUGUUAUUGAAGUGCCCUCUGCUGGCACAAAGGUUAAACUGCAUGGUGUCAGUGAGGAGUCAUACACAGUAUAAACUAAAAUCAUACAUCGUUCCAGCUGUUCUAGUUCAUCUAUGAUCAUAACGCAUCAUCUUAUGUUUUUUAAAUGAUCUUUUAUAUUUUAUUGACUUUGCUAUAUAGACAAAUAAAAACAUUAUCCAAUAAGAAAUUCAUAUAUUUAAAAAAUAAAUGAAUAUCUAGACCAAAAAAAGUGGGAACCAGGACCCGGAGUUGAUCCACCAGCCCAGCUGAGCAGAGAACACGACGUGUGUCUUUACGGUUCAAGAUGACACAAACCAACGAAGGGAGUGAAGAUAGUUCACAUGAGGAAGAACCGAUGAGUACAUGAAUGAAUAAAGACUCUGUCUGUAGCGAUGAUGAUGAUGAUGAUGAUGAUGAUGGGCAGAGAUCCUGCUGAAGCAAUAAAAUGAAACUGUUUAUUUUUAUUGAAGUUGUUUGUUUGAACCUGAUUGUCGGGAUGAAUCAGUUGCAAUAAAUUCCAGUGUGAAAUAAAA